AUGGCGAUGUUACAAACGUUCGUGCCCUGUUACGUCCACAGCAUUACGUUGGCUGUCGUGGGGCAAACAAAAACGUUGAGUCCGAGUCUUACAGCGGGUCGGGUCAACAACCGCAGCAAACAUGGAGAGAAAAUUCAAAGUGGGUCUCACGGGCGUGCGGGGCUCGGCGGCGCUCGGGCACGGGAUCCGUUCCCUCCGCAAAUGCGCGCUGCCGGGGCUGCCCCGCCGGCCGCCCCGGACGACCCCUCUCAACUCGGAGGCUGCUUCGAGCCAGUCACCCGGGACUGGCUGACGCGGUCCAGGUUAGCCCCGUCCGGCUCUCCCUGUCCGUACCAACCCCACACUCCGCCCUCCUACCCGGCAAAGCCGACGAAGCCCCCACCGGCUGUCUCCCAGCCCGCCACAUCCUGGGGCGGUACGCGCGGAGAGGCCGAGCCGGGGGAAGGCGCCAGGGUGGCCGCCGCCUCAGCAGCACUCGGACGGCUGGAAAGUCAGCCCCAGUUUCCGCCUCCCCCAGGAUUGCUCCACUCGGAGCUUUUCCUCAUCCCAGCCACCACUCCAUUCCGAGGCGCCAUCAGCUCUGACCAGUCUCUUCCUCACAUCCAUUGUCAAUUCGUUAGUCCCGUUAGGGUCAAACGCUUACGGAAUCCAACCGCUUCGCACACUUCUACAUGGGGUCGAGCCUCCUGUUAUCUUUGCGGGGAUGACUGUAACGGGAUAACGGUCGCUUCGUACCAUCUUGCCCCCGCCUGGGCCUUGUCGGCGACGCCGCAGCCACGUGGAUGCUGUGGAAGCCUUCCCGCGCCCCCCUACCCCGCCAGAUCUUCCAAAGGCUCCGCGCUCAUCGCCAAAGCCAGCGGCCGGCAGUGGCCUAGGCUGUUGCACGCGAUGGGUCCCCCACAUCUCCCCUCUCUAUCUCCUUUCCCUGGAGAUAGCAAACAUGGAGAGAAAAUUCAAAGUGGGUCAGCCUCUGCUAUCCUCACCAUCACCCACCAGGCACGAACCCACGACGACGGGCUUUUGUCGUGGCUUCUCCCUCCCAGCGUGGGCCGUGUCUUCUCGGGGUCGGCAGGGUGCGUGGUUUUCACAGCGAGGCCUCUCCUGAUCGCCUCCUCGCUCUUCCUGUUCUUCCCUGGUCACCUCACGAGCUAUGGAUGUGUCUGUCUCCUCACUGCACUAUAAGCUCCCAGAGAAACAGAAGGCGAUGUGACGACAGAAGCAGAGAGAUUUGAAGAUGCCAAGAUGCUGGAUGGGAAGAUGGAAGAGGGGCCUCAAGAAAAGAAAUAUAAGGACUGCAGCUCUAGAAGCUGGAAAUGGCAAGGAAAAGUUUUCUCCUCUCCGAGACUCCAGAAGGAAUCAGCCCUGCUGGUGACCUUGACAUGAGCUCUGUGAAACUGGUUUCAGACUCUGACCUCCAAAACUGUGAAAGAAUAAUUUAUGUUGUUUUCAACCACGUAAGUUUGUGGCAAUUUAUCAUCGCAAAAAUAGGAAACUAAUACAAAAGCUUUAUUUAUGAACCAAAAAUUGAAUUUCAUAUAUGCUUCACAUGUAAUGAGAUACUCUUCUUUUUAUUUUUUUCAGCCACUUAGCAAUGUUGAAAUCAUUCUUAGCUUGCAGGCUGUACAAACACUGGUGGUGGCUCAGAUUGGGCCUGUGGGCUAUAGUUUGAAAUAUCCUAAAUUAAAUAUGAGUGCAAUUAAUUCAGCCAUGUAUUAAAAUAAUAAUAUGUAAUAA